CACUCCCCAUCUCCUCAGAGCAAGCCCUCUCUCUCCAGCGGCGCAGUCCUGCCUUGACUCAGGCUCCGCUGCUUGGAGCCUGCAGGACCACAUUGCAAGGCUGAGACUCCCGCACCUCGUCGCCUGGGAACUCUCUCCUGUGGAAUCUCAGAAAAUCAAAUCCCUCCUGUGACUACUACACACAGAAUUUCCUUAGAAGCUGUGCUUGGUCAUGACCCUUGUAAUUAAGAAGUUAUUGAAGACAAUGUCGAGUGUGGGCCAGGAGAAAAUGUGAUUAGAGUCUGGAGACGACCGUGCAUUUUGAACAUACAGCACAUUUCAUUUGGACUCUAAGGAUGGAGAAAAAGCAUAUACUAUAUUUUGUGUUUCUCUUGCCUGUUAGUAUGACUCUUGUCACAGCACAGGCAGAAGAAGAAGGCUUUAACCAAACGGGGCUGGGAGUCACUAGAAACAAGAUCAUGACGGCUCAGUAUGAAUGCUACCAAAAGAUUAUGCAAGAUCCUAUUCAACAGGCAGAAGGCCUUUACUGCAACAGAACCUGGGACGGCUGGCUGUGCUGGAAUGACGUCGCGGCAGGAACGGAGUCCAUGCAGUAUUGCCCUGACUACUUUCAGGACUUCGAUCCUUCAGAAAAGGUUACAAAGAUCUGUGACCAAGAUGGAAACUGGUUUAGACAUCCGGAUAGUAACAGAACGUGGACAAAUUACACUCUGUGUAACAACAGCACACAUGAAAAAGUGAAGACUGCACUGAAUUUAUUCUACCUAACUAUAAUUGGACAUGGAUUAUCUAUUGCAUCCCUGCUCAUCUCUCUCAUCAUAUUUUUUUAUUUCAAGAGCUUAAGUUGCCAGCGGAUCACCUUGCAUAAGAAUCUGUUCUUUUCAUUUGUGUGUAACUCGAUUGUGACAAUCAUCCACCUCACUGCGGUGGCCAACAACCAGGCCUUGGUGGCCACAAAUCCUGUGAGCUGUAAAGUGUCUCAGUUCAUCCAUCUCUACCUGAUGGGCUGUAACUACUUCUGGAUGCUCUGUGAAGGCAUUUACCUGCACACACUCAUCGUGGUGGCCGUGUUUGCAGAGAAACAGCACUUGAUGUGGUAUUAUUUUCUUGGCUGGGGGUUUCCGCUGCUCCCCGCCUGCAUCCACGCCAUGGCCAGAAGCAUGUAUUACAAUGACAAUUGCUGGAUCAGCUCAGAUACCCACCUCCUCUACAUCAUCCAUGGACCUAUUUGCGCUGCUCUACUGGUCAAUCUCUUUUUCCUAUUAAAUAUUGUACGCGUUCUCAUCACCAAGUUGAAAGUUACUCACCAAGCGGAGUCCAAUCUUUACAUGAAAGCCGUGAGAGCUACCCUCAUCUUGGUCCCGCUCCUUGGCAUCGAAUUUGUGCUCUUUCCCUGGAGGCCUGAAGGAAGGGUUGCCGAGGAGGUGUAUGACUAUGUCAUGCACAUCCUGAUGCACUAUCAGGGUCUUCUGGUGUCUACAAUUUUCUGCUUUUUUAAUGGAGAGGUUCAAGCCAUUCUGCGAAGAAAUUGGAACCAAUAUAAAAUUCAAUUUGGAAACAGCUUUUCCCACUCCGAAGCUCUCCGCAGCGCAUCCUACACGGUGUCUACCAUCAGUGAUGUCCAAGGGUACAGUCAUGACUGCCCCACUGAACACUUAAAUGGAAAAAGCAUCCAGGAGUUUGAAAAUGUUGCCUUAAAGCCGGAAAAAAUGUAUGAUCUAGUCAUGUGACAGUAGAGCCCUCACCUGUUUCCUGCCACUCGAACCUAUGAUUUCAUAAUCAGAAGAUUUAAUAGCGAAUGGAUUGCUUGAAUGCUGCAAAGAAAGCCCUCAAAUGAAAUGAGACUUGUGUUGAUAAGUGUCCAACCCUCUCUCUAUGGGGGAAGAGCCUCAACUGAUAGUGUUGGCCAGUAAAUGCUCCCACUGGGCUGGUUUCGAGUUACCAACCUGUUAACUGUGGAACUGGAAAGAAGCUAAACACAAUCACCUCUUGGGAGCCGCCAGGCUUUGGAACCCGCACAGCACUGCACGCAUGCCCACAUGGGUGACCGCACCUUCACACCCGCGCUGACCAGAGAGCUCUGAGCUUCUCACCCGAGGAGACCUCGCUCCAUUUUACAGACAUGAAAAGAUUUGUGAUUUAUGUUGGUUAUGAAACUCUCUGACCUAUGGUCAUCUGUUCAGAGGAGACUCCAGCCAUCUUUACGACGUCUCCAAUGGACUAGACGGAGUUUGUUAUCUCUGUCAUCUCAUGUUCUUCUCCUUAAGGAAAGCAGCUGAGCAGAAUGCCUAUGGGUUUCUCAGUUGCUGCUACAGACAGUUCUAUCCUGUGGCAUAUCCAAUCUGACACUUGGUGAGCAAAAUCUAGAAUUUGCAGUCUUUUUCUGAAUCACUAGGGAGACGUAUUGGUGGAAGCUGCAAACCCCUUGUCAGCUACUUUCAAAAAACCUUAGUGCAGGCCUCGGAGGAGAUCAGUUUCCUGAAUCAGUACAUAGAAACCUUGGCCUUUCCAUUUCUACUGUGUAGACAAGUGAUCACUCAUUUUAUGUGAAGGGAAUCAAUGAAGGAUUUCUUUUUAUCUUCUAAAUCUGAGGGAGGGAGGGAGGGAGAGAGAGAGAGAGAGAGAGAGAGAGAGAGAGAGAGAGAGAGAUUGAUUUUGUGCAAAUGAACCUGUAAAUACUCUGUCAUUUUAUUUUAUUUUUUUCAAUUCUAAACAGAACCUCGGUAACUUUGAAAGCAAUUAGAUAAUGCAGCAUUAUGUGUAACUUAGUAUCUGAUGCUGUAUCUGGGCUGAUUUUAUGGUAGAGUCCUGAAGUCUAUAUUUGGUAAAUAUUUUAAGGACAACCAGAUACCAGCAUCAGAAGUCUGAGAACUAAUAACAAACCCCAGAAAUACCAGUGAUUAAAUAUGAAAUAUUUAUAUAACAAUGCAAAGCCAUAACUUUACAAACACAUUAUCUUUGGUGUGCUGACAUAUUUCUUCAAUUUUAAUGAUGACUCACUAAAAUCAGGAAAUUUUUAACACCUACAGCAAGAAAAACUGGUCUGCUACACAUGCAGGCUUUAAUUCACUAAAAUAUUCUUUACUGACUUUUACUAAAUGAAGCUAUCUAGUUUUGAAAAAGACCCAGGUUAUUUUUUUAAAUGAACCAUAGAGGAAUUUUUUUCUAUAUAAUAUACACUGUUUCAAUAUUUCAGACUACUGUGGGUGAUAAUACAAGCCAGGGAAAGCCUUGAACUUACCAUGGAGGAGGAACUGUCAGGUGCUGAAUAAUUAAAUUAAGGCAGAAGAAAGCCUUGUUCCUGAGGUAAAGAGACAUCUAAAUGGAUUCAGUUCUUCUAAUAUUGUUUUGUUCUGGACUUUCUGAAGGGCAAGAUUAAUUUCAGUUAGUAAAAGUCAGUUUGGGGAAAGUCAUGUAUGUGUUUUUUGAAGCAUGUCAAUCAGGUUACAAUGGACGAAUUAGAAAUAAUGAUUUAUGCUGCAAUAGUUGUUUAGCAUCGUCAAGGAAAGUAAUUCAGAUUGUCAAGAACUGACACAGUAGAUGAUCUGGUAUAAAUAUUUGUAAUUUAUCUAUAUAGGCAAAGGUGUUACUAAGGUGGGUUCAGUUUUGUGGAUUUCAUAGCAAGCCAUCAUUAGAAGGGAAUGCAGAUGGUUCUGAACUUUCAGUUGCCAAAACUGUACAAAACUUUUUACCACUCUCAGAUUUUAGCUAUUUAUUGUUUAGAGGUCUAGAUUCCUAUCCUUGCUGACAGUGGUCACGUGGCUCUGCAUUCUCCCCAACUGUCAAGUAUUAGCCGUAAAUGAUAGCACAGAACGCUGUUACCAGAGAGCAUGUUUAAGAGGUGGUAUACAUUUCCAUUGUAUUAUUCUUUUACCAUAUUGAGCGUAGCUGAGAUUUCUUUACUGCCAACAUCAUCUGCGGCGUGAUCCUCAGCCACACUGGUCUGAGAUUUGUCAGCUUUAGUUUUGUGAUGAUAUUUGAAACUAGACUUCUAAAGCUGAAGUGCCAAUGAAAACUUUCUGUAUUGCUUGUAGACAACAAAAACCUGACAGUUUUGAAGGGAAACUUCUCUGGUGCCUAAAAACUAAUUUAGAGAAUUUCUGGUAUUUUAAAAGUUAGAUCUAUCGUUUUUCUACAGUUGUUUCUUAUAGUCAUGGCUGACCUUUUUAGAAGUGACUUUGUAUUUUUUUAUUGAUAAGCCAUUCAUCCUGGAGUUUAAUGUUUGUUUUAAUAUGACAAACUGUAUAGAAUUUAGCAGAACUCGCGGUGUUCUCACUGCUUAGAUAGUUUAAUGUGAAUAUUUUAAUUUCCUUCGUGUUUUAAUUUACUCACAGAAACAUUACCUGUAAAACAUAUCCAUGAUGUUCCAGUCACUGAAGAGAACGUAUGUUUUAUCUAUUAAAAGUCUCUGUUUAGGUCUUAUGAGAAUAUUAAAGCUAACAUUGAUGCUCACUCAUCUCCUCUGGAGAACAGAAUAACUGAAUCUCUCACAAAGUUCUUGCCACAAUUGAGAUAUUUUGCAAAAAUAAAAGAUGAUGUCUUUAGCCUUUUCUUUAAAGACUUCAAUAAACUAGUAAGUGAAUUAAUAAAUUAAUUAAAAAGAUUAAUUUGUUUUCAUGCUAAAACUCUCACAUGCACAGGUUUUUACACUGUAAGAAAAGGAAGAUCCUCUCACAGAAGAACACUCUUAGGGAAUCAUCCUCCUUUCUGCACUGUAUUUCAAAGGGUGGGUUUCUGUUAAAUAUUAGAAAUAAGAAGAAUGAAAGUUUUUCUCAAAAGAAAACAUGGUCAUAACCUCAUACAAAUAAAAACUUAAAUGUGUCAAAGAUUUUGUUUAACUCAAUAACUAAUGUUGGAACCAGUAAUAUGCCAAAUGAGAGUUUAAAAUACCAUAUAUGCUUGAGAAUAUAAAAAUACACGUAAAUAUACAAAGUAUUUGUAUUUAAGAAUACUAAUCAAGUAUACAUAUUGGUAAAAGUAGGCAAAAUAGUCAAUACAAUUAGACUACAGACCCAGGAGAGACAGACAUUAAAAUAAUGUACUAGUAUUGAUAUAGAGUUAAAAAAUAACAUAAGGCUUACAUAAGAACAAAGUGCUUACAUUUAACAGAACUAAUCCCUAUGGUAUUUUGAACUAUUCAGUGGCAAAAGGCUAAAAUACAAUAGAGCCAACUAGACAGAUCAUAUUACCUCUGAAAUUAAUCAUUCAUAAACGAUAAGGCUCCAAGUGAGAUCCUAAUAACAAAUGCUAAUACACACAGAAAGUGGGGUCAACAUUGUUACAGCUGAGAUUGUUAUUACAUUAUGAAACAAACCUAAGUCUACCAACUGUUCCAAGCAUACACGACUCCAGAAGCACACUGGGAAUAGUAUAGUAUGAAAUGGAAUUCCUCCAAACGGAGUUUACCAUUGACACGGUAUCUGACAAUCUGUUCCAGCUUACUUUUUAACUAAAGGAUGUAACGAGCACACACAACGAUAGGUUUAAUUUUCAGAUACAGUUGAAUUUUCCUCCCCAUACUCUUACCCACGUUCCCGCCCCACCCCACCCCCUGUGCCCUUCCAUCCCCCUUUCUGCAUGUCACACCAGUGCUAUUGUCACCCUUUCUGGACAUUUUUUCUCCUCUCCUGACCUCGUUAAGUUUGUAACUUACAGAUUUACACCCACGCUCACCUCUGUUUAUGCACACACACGUAGGCAUUAAAAGCUAAGGUUUGUGUAUAGGAGAGAUUCUGUGGUUUUGUCAAUGAAUCUUGGUUAUUGACUCAGUGUAAUGCGCCUAGGUCCAUCAGUCUGCCUUCAGUUAUUUCCGGGUUAAUCAACCUCCUUUUGUUAUUUUGCUUUUCUUUAUAGCAGAAUAAAAUUCAGUUGUGCAUAUA